AUGUCUGAACCACUGCAAGAUGUUCGCCCCAUGUUCGAGCUGCGCGGGCGCAAUUACGCUGUGACAGGCGGCGCGCAGGGGAUUGGAUUCGCAGUAACGCGAGCCAUCUGUGAGUUGGGUGGAAAUGUGGCUGUCAUGGACAUCCAAGACAAGCCCGUCGACGAAAAGGAAUGGGACAGCCUCAGUCAGAAGUUUGGCUCAAAGACAAUUUACAUCCAGACGGACGUCACAAAACAGGAGAGCCUGAACGCUGCGUUCGCCAAAGCUGUCCACAAGCUGGGCUCGCUGGAUGGAUUGGUGCCUGCGGCAGGCAUUGCCAUUGACAAGCCGUUCAUUGACCAGACGUGGGAGGAAUUCACCAGAAUACAAGAGAUCAAUGGGAAAGGAGGCAGCAUCGUACUAAUUGCGUCGCAAUCAAGCCACAUAGCGCUGCCCGGCUAUCGCAUGGCAGCAUAUAAUGCAAGCAAGGGUGGCAUUCUGAUGCUAUCUAGAGCGCUGGCUGUUGAACUCGCGCCACACAACAUCCGGGUGAACACCAUCUCCCCGGGGUUCGUGGACAGUGAUAUGACGAGAAAUGUGCGCGAGAUGAAGAGCAAGAGGGAAGGAGAUCAAAUGUGGCUGGCUCCUCCGCUACAGAGACUGAGCACUCAGAACGAUCUCACCGGAGCGGUGGUUUACCUGUUGAGCGAUGCGAGUAGGCAUACGACGGCGGCUGACAUUCAGAUCACCGGCGGCUUGCACGCUGGAACUAUCGAUGGUGUCAUUAGCUACGAGUAA